UUAACAGUAUGCUCGCAGGAUCGUUCAUCUUCGGACCAGUUGCUGACUCGUAUGGCCGCAAGAGAACCACUCAGCUUCCGGUCGUCGUCGUCCUGAUAUUUGCCGUAGUUGCCGGUGUGUCUCCAAAUGUUCACGUUUACAAUGUGUCCCAGUUUAUUGUUGGAGCGGCGCUGGGAGGAUACAGGAUGAACUCUAUAGUGUUGGCUACAGAAUGGAUUGGGAUCUCUAAAAGGUCCCUGGCCUCCUGUGUGAGCCAAAUGUUUGGAAGCUUUGGACAGUGUGCGUUGGCCGGGCUGGUCUACUUCAUCCGUGACUGGAGGAAAGCGCAGUACGUGGUGGCAGGGGCAGAGGCUGUUGUGUAA